AUGCUAAGAACUACUGCCUCACGAAAAAUUGUGCUAAGGAGGGGUCUAGCCAGCAUAAACACAGGAACUACCGUUGCAUCAAACAAAGCUUCACGUAAAUUUCGCAAUACCUUUUGGACUAUUGCCUUGUCAGCGACAGCAUUCUACGCUGGAGGUAUCAUAUAUUCGCAGAAAAAUGACAAAUUUGGAGACUUUUUCUCCAAUAACAUUCCUUUUGCCGAGGAUUUACUAGAAACGUAUGAACACUAUCACGACAGGCCAACUUUGUUUCUAGAAGAUUCCUGGGACAACUUGAAGGCAAAGAGCAGCAACUUAGCAUCUGGAUUAGCUGGCAGUUCACCAACCCGUAAAUCUAAUAGGGAAAACAUUGAAGUAAAGAAAAUCCUAUCGUUAGAUCCGCUAGAUAUCGAAACAGAAAAUUCUGAUCCACAACUAAAAGAAAUCAUAGGCUCUUUGAACGAUCUCAUCAACAGUUUAAAUGACUCAAACCUCUCCAUUCCCGAAACUAAAUUCAAUUCAAUGAAAAAGUCUAGCCAAAAUGUGCUUACGAAUAUAUCCCAAUUAAAUGAAACACUGAAGGAGGCUUUAUCCAAAUACAUGAUACAAAGAACAUCAGAAGUAAUCACAGAAUUAAACACGCAAUAUGAAAACUCAAAAAGGGAGUUUGAAGAAAAUCUACAGAAAAACCUAUUACAAGAGGUAGAUGAGUUUAAGGAAAACUUGACUAAGCAAAAAGACAAAGAACUAGAAGAAAAACUAAAGGCUAACGAAGAAUUGCUACAAGCCAAACAUGCGAAUGAAGUGGGCUUGCUAUCCAUCACUCAAGUUAAAGAAUUUAAUAAAAUUAUCAAAGACAAAAUUGAGAAGGAAAGAAAUGGCAGAUUAGCUCAUUUAGAGGAAAUAAACUCUGAAGUUAACGACCUCAGUAAAUCCAUCGAUAGAUCAAGCAAAAUUUUGAGUAAAAACGAAGCUCUAGUACAACUAACUUUCCAAGUAGAUGAGAUCAAAUCUAGGAUUAACAACAAUAUCUUGCCCGAUGUGAAUAUCGAUAAGGAACUCUCCAGGUUGAAACUUCUUUCCGGCCUUCUCUCCACUUUCAACAAGAAAUCUUGUUGCGGUGACGGCAAAAGCUGUUCCUGCAAAAAAGGCAAUAAAAGUGAAAGCAAAGAUGGGAAAGUAUCAUGCAAAUGCGAGCCAAAGAAAAACACUCCAUCGCUACUAAGCGUAGCUUUAAAUGAAUUAGAAUUCACUUGUAGCGGCAAAAAGAUCUUAUCGAAUGAGCAGAUCUAUAACAGAUGGAACUUGCUGGCAGACGACUUCAAGACAGCUUCUUUAUUGCCACCAAAUUCCGGUAUUUUGGGGCAAUUAACCGCUAAAUUUUUUUCCCUUUUCUUGUUCACGAAGACAGGUAAUCCCUCGGAUGCCACAGACUUCGAUUCUGUUUAUGCAAGGGUUGGCGAUAACUUAAGAGUAUCCAACCUCAACGAUGCCGUAGAAGAAGUUGUCUCCCUAAAGGGUUGGCCUCAUAAAGUUUGUGAAAGUUGGAUCGAAGAUGCUAGGAGAAAAUUGGAGGUCCAGCGCUUGGUAGAAGUUCUUGACUGUGAAAUAAGGACAUUAUGA